UAAAGUGAAAGCGUUUCUCUCUCAGACUCAGCUACAUUUUGUGGAGCAGUUGAAAAAAGGUAGAAAUGGUGAUAUUAAUGUCACACAACAAGAUUGUUGACUAAAGGAGUGUGCUCCAUUCCAGCAGAAGAGAUCAGACCCUUCAGGACACAACUGUGUGUUUGUGCAAACUUUACUAAUAUUCAAAGAUGGACCCUCCUGAUCUGAACACAGAUAAUGUUUCCCCACACUCAAAAACCAGUAAACUCCAGGGAAAGAGAUCAGAAUCACCAGCACCCAGCUGUAUCUCCAUGAAGAGUGAUAAGUCUAUGGAUCUUCCUCUGUUGUUUAAAGAUGGAGACUCCUCACCUCUACACAGUAAACUCCAGGGAGAGAGAUCAGAAUCACCAGCACCCAGCUGUAUCUCCAUGAAGAGUGCUUGGUCUAUGAAUAUCCCUGUGCAGUUUAAAGAUGAAGACUCCUCACUUCUACACAGUGUUCCACAGAGAGCAGGAGACAGAAUAGAAAAGAACAUCAUCACAGAUACAGGGCACGACCCAGAAUCUGCUGCUGUGAAUGAAUUCCAGAAAAAGUUCAAAUUAAACCUGAUGAAGAAGUUUGAGUGUUUGAAUGGAAUGAUAAUAAACCUGGGAAAUCAAACAGUCCUGAAUGAGAUCUACACAGAGCUCUACAUCACAGAGGGAGACAGUGGAGGAGUCAAUAAAGAACAUGAGGUGAGACAGAUCGAGGCAGCAUCCAGGAGAACAACAACAGAGGAAAAACCAAUCAAAUGCAAUGACAUCUUUAAGCCCUUAUCUGAAAAAGACAAACCCAUAAGAACUGUGCUGACAAAGGGAGUCGCUGGCAUCGGAAAAACAGUCUCUGUGCAGAAGUUCAUUCUGGACUGGGCUGAAGGGAAAGCAAAUCAGGACAUCCACCUCAUAUUUCCACUUCCUUUCAGAGAGCUGAAUCUGAUGAAGGACCAGAAACUGAGUCUGAUGGAGCUCCUUCAUGUCUGUUUUAAUGAAACAAAAGAAACAGAAAUGUCCAGUUUGGAAAAGGUUCUGUUCAUUUUUGACGGAUUGGACGAGUGUCGUUUUCCUCUAGAUUUCCAGAACACAGAGAGAGUGUGUGAUGUUACUGAAUCAGCAUCAGUGCAUGUGCUGCUGAUAAACCUGAUCAAAGGGAAUCUGCUUCCCUCUGCUCUCAUCUGGAUCACCUCUCGACCAGCAGCAGCUGAUCAAAUCCCCUCUGAGUGUGUCCAUCGAGUCACAGAGGUACGAGGGUUCAGUGACCCACAGAAGGAGGAGUACUUCAGGAAGAGAAUCAGUGAUCAGAGCCUGGCCAAUGACAUCAUCACACACCUGAAGUCAUUAAGAAGCCUCUACAUCAUGUGCCACAUCCCAGUCUUCUGCUGGAUUUCAGCCACUGUUCUAGAGAGAAUGUUGGGUGAAGCAGAGAGUGGAGAGAUCCCCAAGACUCUGACUCAAAUGUACACACACUUCCUCAUCAUUCAGACAAGUGUCAUAGGAGAAAAAUACUCAAAGAACACUCAGGAGAGUGAUGAAAUGCUUCUUAAACUGGGACAACUGGCUUUUCAGCAGCUGAUGAAAGGAAACCUGAUCUUCUAUGAGGAAGACCUGAGAGAGUGUGGCGUUGAUGUGAGAGAAGCAGCAGUGUACUCAGGUGUGUGUACGCAGAUCUUCAGAGAGGAGUUUGGGCUUCACCAGAGUAAAGUGUACUGCUUUGUUCAUCUGAGCAUUCAGGAGCACCUCGCAGCUCUGUAUGUGCACCUGACAUUCAUGAUGGAAAAGAGAGAUGUUCUUGAUCAUAAUCAGGUCUCUAAAUGGUGGAUGGAAAAAAUUACAAUCUCAGAUGUACACAAGAGUGCUGUAGAUCAGACUUUAGAAAGUCAGACGGGAUAUCUGGAUCUUUUCCUUCGCUUUCUUUUGGGUCUUUCACUGGAGUCCAAUCAGAAACUCUUAGAUGCCUUAGUAGCACAGACAGGAAGUAGCUCCCAGAGCAUAGAGAAAACAGUUCAGUACAUUAAGGAGAAGAUCAGUGGAUAUCUUCCUACAGAGAAAUCCAUCAAUCUGUUCCACUGUCUGAAUGAACUGGGUGAUAAUUCUCUAGUGGAGGAAAUCCAACACUACCUGAAAUCUGGAAAACAAAGUGAAUUCUCUUCUUCACAGUGGUCUGCUCUGGUGUUUAUGUUACUGACAUCAGCACAGGAGCUGGAAGAAUUUGACCUGAAUAAAUAUUUCAGUACAGAUAAGAUAACAGAAACUGUCCUUCUGAAGAUGAUGCCUGUGAUUUCAGCAUCCAGAAAAGCAAUUAUCAGGUGUGAUUCACUGGGAGUGAGAAGUUGGUCAACUCUGGUCUCAGAGCUCAGCUCAGAAACCACCAAUCUGAGAGAACUGCAUCUGACUGUGAAAACACUGGAUCUGUAUGGGAAUAAACUAGGAGACUCAGGAGUGAAGAGUCUCUGUGCUGUACUGGAGAAUCCUUACGGUAAAGUGGAGAAACUGGGGUUGCGGGGUUGUGGUGUCUCAGGUGAAGCCUGUGCUGCUCUGAUUUCGGCUCUGAGAUCAAACCCCUCACACUUGAGAGACCUGAAUCUGUCCUAUAAUAAACUAGGAGACUCAGUAGUGAAGAGUCUCUCUGCUGUACUGGAGAAUCCUCACUGUAAACUGGAGAUACUGAGGUUGCGUGGUUGUGGUGUCUCAAGUGAAGGCUGUGCUGCUCUGAUUUCAGCUCUGAGAUCAAACCCCUCACACCUGAGAGAACUGAAUCUGUCCUAUAAUAAACUAGGAGACUCAGGAGUGAAGAGUCUCUCUGCUAUGCUGGAGAAUCCUCACAGUAAACUGAAGAUACUGAGGUUGUAUGAUUGUGGUGUAUCAGAUGAAGGCUGUGCUGCUCUAAUUUCAGCUCUGAGAUCAAACCCCUCACACCUGAGAGACAUGGAUCUGUCCUAUAAUAAACUAGGAGACUCAGGAGUGAAGAGUCUCUCUGCUGUACUGGAGAAUCCUCUCUGUAAACUGGAGAUACUGAGAUUGCGUGUUUGUGGUGUAUCAGAUGAAGGCUGUGCUGCUCUUACUUCAGCUCUGAGAUCAAACCCCUCACACCUGAGAGAACUGCAUCUGUCCUGUAAUAAAAUAGGAGACUCAGGAGUGAAGAGUCUCUCUGCUGUACUGGAGAAUCCUCAUUGUAAACUGGAGAUACUGAGGUUGGGUAAUUGUGGUGUCUCAGAUGAAGGCUGUGCUGCUUUGACUUCAGCUCUGAAAUCAAACCCCUCACACUUGAGUGACCUGCAUCUGUACAAUAAUAAUGUAGGAGACUCAGUAAAGAAGCUGCUCUCUGCUCUUAAAUAUGAUGAACAUUACAAACUACAGAUACUGAAUGUGUGAUGAACAUUUGUGUGUGAUGAAGACCCUGGUGUUCCUGCAUUUCCAUGUUGGGGAAUAGAGAACUGUCAUAUCACAGCAAACCAGCAACUCCAUUUCCCAGGAUGCACCACUAACUACAAACAUGGCCGAAGAGGACUACACUUCCCACACAUAAUCACAUUCACCUUCUCUAGAAUUCUAAUCACACACACCUAUUGCCAAUAUCAUACUCACUCACUCCACGCUAUAUAAGAGACGGUUCAAACACUUAGUCUUUGCAAAGUAUUACGUGUGUCAUCCCUAUACCAAGCCAUUGAUCAUCAUGUUUUCUGUCCUAGUUUUGAUCUUGUUCUAGCCCUCAUUUUCGAUUCUUGUUUUGUCUCGUUUAUGUCCAUUUGCCAAUCGCUUGACCUUUUACCUGUUUAUGACCACGUCUAUGUUUCACGAUUUGGAUUUGUCUGCCUGUAUCUCACAUAAUAAAUCUCUUAUCUUCAUUUGCAUCCGUCCUCAACCUCAUUAUGUCACAAGAAAAUAUUUAUAGACAUGUCAGUCAUUUAGUUAUAAC